AUGGCGGUUGAUGCCGCGUAUUUUUCUAUCCGAUUAGCAGCUAUGCGAAGCCUUACGCAAAAGUAUAUACAAGUUGCCUGUUUGAUACGGUUUUCGCCCGGAAAUACUUCAGUACAAUCCGCGGCAAUGUGCGAAGAGGUUUCCAUCAGGGAGAGAAUCGCUUUGUUGGAGGGACGAAAGAUGGCACCAGUGUUGGGUGUACCACCUCCUCCACCACCUGCUCCUCACAUGGGACCAGAUGGAUUGAUCUUGCCGAGAAAACCGUAUAAUCCUUACCUUUCGUCCACGAAUCACAAAGAUCUUCGAAGGGAAUUAUUAUUCAAUCAGAAAGUUGGCAAAAACGUGCUAAAUCAAAAAAGCGAGCUUCAACGAGCGCUCGAGAAACAGAGGGAAGCUGCCUCGAGGAGAGAAGCUGAAAGAAAUCGAGAGGAGAACUACAAAGACGAUCCCCGAACUGCUUUACAAAGAGCAAUCGAGCAAAGGGCAAAGCAUAUUGAAAUGGCACUGGAACAAUCCCAACCGAUGGAGCCACCGAGCAAUCUUUUAAUAACAGCGAGAGCAAAACUAAGACCGCGCGCAGAUUCACAAUGAAGUUAUGUAAAAAUAAAGAAAGAAAGAAAGAUUGAUUUGUGAAAUACGAUAAAUUUAAUAUCGUAUGGGUUAGCGAUAAUCGAAAUAUUACGUCGCAACUCUUGAGCCAAACUUUUUUUGAUCAUAUUUUCUAAUUUGACUAUGUACAUAUACUACAUUUACUCCGAUAACAAUUCAUUAAAAACAAAAUAAAGUUGUACAAUUAAUUAAAAAUUAUUGUGAUGUGACGUGUUAAAUAUUAGAAAAACAGAAAAUAAGAAAGAAUAGAAAAAAAAGAAUAGAUUUUAUCAUCUAUCAUAUUUUGAUAGAUUUAUUGGUUUAAAGUAUAUAUAUUUAAUUAUAAUGUGUGAUACUUCAGUUGUGCGUUUUUCGCGUAAAAGUAGAUAAUUGCCUUAUUCUUCCAAAGUUCUCAGAAAGCGCGAAUAUGCACAUUAGAUGAUUUAUUUCUUCUUCUAAACUAAUUAGUCUCGUUAGAUAUUUUAACGAAGUCUAACGCUUACUUUUCAUGAAAUUCCAUGAAAGUAAUUUCCGUGAACUUGAAAUAAUAUAUAUAUAUGUACUCAUUUGUCGAACAAGGCCUUGUUAAAUUUAGGGAUUGCAGAUUCAAAUGUUAUAAACGUAAUAACAGAUUAAGGCCGUAAAUAAAUCUCAGUAAAAUUCAACUUACAUGUAUAUCCAUACGUGUCAAUGAUAUAAUACAGUAUAAUGCAUUGCAUCUUUGUUACGACGUUUAGUUAUUGAAGGAGAAAUAAAAUUGCCGAACCUGGUGAUUGAAUCGGUUCGAUAUUUUGUUACGUGCUCUUUUUUCAGAGUUUUCUUAUGUAAAAACUAAUACCAUUAGAAUAAGCGAUCAGUCAUAAAUAAUAUAGACGAGAAUUUAAACAGAUACUAUGAACAAAAUGUAAUUGUUUGACGAUAACUUAUCAUCGUGCCUGAAUUUAUACCAAUUUAGACCUGAAUACGAAGUACAGAUAUAAUUUCAUCGCAAUAAACGCAGUAGUAGAAUUGGUAGCCUGGGACCACCGUACAUUUGUAAUAACUAUAUAUUAGCAGUUAAAUGGAAAACAUCUGAUAGAUUAAUAUAGCAGCAUUUAUUAAACUCUAGUGUUCAUAAUUCAGAAAAGAAAUGAAAUAUAUAUUGUUGCACUAUAUUGUUUUAAUCAAUGUAUUAUAGAAACGUGAUCGUACACUCGAAUUUAGUAAGUUUUUCAUUGAUAAUAAUACAUUAAAGUACAUUUAUCUUUACUGUUUUGAAAAUAUAAUAAAAAUAAUUAUAAUAUUUAAAAAUUCAAAAAUAUAAUAAAAUUCUAUGAAA